CAAAUCCAAAUUAUCUCCCCCCAAAUCAGGACAAGCUCUCGGUCUCCUCCCCAUCGUUGAAGAUGGCGAGCGCGGGGGGGCACGGCGACGAUGGCGACUCCGGGCGCCGACCACCCGCCGACCCCGCGCUGGGCUCCAACCACAAGGACGAGGUGGAGGCGGCGGCGAACCAGAGAAGAGUCGAGGACGACGGCGGCGAGUUCUACUCGUUGCGCUCAUGGGGUGAAUUGGUGCGGAGGUGGCUACGCAGGGACGAUGGCGACGACGACGACGACUCCUUCUUCGCAAUGCCGGCAUGGAGGGGAUGUGCACCAGCGACGGCGACAGCAGCUACCAGGCGUCGCGCUCGCGAUCGAGGUGAUGACGACUCCUCCUUCGCACUGGCGGCAUGGAGGAGAUGCACACUAGCGACGCCGACAUCGACAGCAGCUACCACGCGUCGCGCACGCGCUCGAGGUGUCAUGGGCGUUCCCGUCACCGCGCCCGCGUCCACGGUUCGCAGCGACGCCUCCACGUCCAAGUCCGAGCCCACGUCCACGGUUCGCGACGACGCCUCCGCCUCCGCCUCCAGCACCGACUCGGCGCCCAAGUCCGCGUCACUGCUUCGCCACGACGCCUCCGGCACCUACUCGGCGCCCAAGUCCGCGUCACCCAAUGCUCCCGUGCUCCCGUUCACGGCGGCCUCCGACGCCGCCACAGCGUUCAAGUCCAUGCCACCCGACGCGUACGCGGCGAUCCAUGCUCUGAUACUCGCGUGCUCCAAGACCUCGGACAGUGCCUCGGCAUCACCUCCCAUGCCACCCGAGGCGUACGCGGCCCUGCACUCCCUCAUGCUCGCAUGCUCCAAGGCCUCGAACACCGCCUCCGCGUCAGCGCCGCCCAUGCCACCCGAGGCGUACGCAGCCCUGCACGCUCUCGUGCUCGCCUGCUCCAAGGCAUCAGACACUGCAUCCGCGUCGCCGCCGCCACCGCCCGACGCGCACGCUCUCGCGUUCACGGACCUACUAUCUUCUUCGACAAGAUUAGCGACCUCUCUCACGAAUAGCCAAGUGAGUUUGGCGGCACCGGCCGACCACCUUGCACACAGCAUGUCUAUUUUAGCUGAGAAGAUCGUCGAGGGGUCGAACGGCUUAGAGGAAGCCGCUGCAAAUGUGAAGAAUGCCGCUUCAACUCUGCUCGUCGCCGCUGACAAUCCAAAAGCCAGCGAAGAGUUAGCCGGCGAAUCAAGAGAUCUCGCAGCACGUAUUCUGCAGCUUAUCCAUGACGUUGAAGACCAAGCUCGCGAGGAUGCGGCUGGCGCCAAGUUUACUGAUCAGGACGUGUUGCCCGGAUGCGAACAGUGCGCAGACCGGAGUUGUCUCUGCCCGUGGCUGUUCGGGAGCUGCACUUCACCGUCCGGCGGCUGCUCCACGUCACAACCUCGCCGCGCCGUCGACGAGAAGCAGGAGACACUUCGGGACAAAUGGACUACAUUUUUCACAUUUUCUAUGCCAGCAUCGUUGGCGGUGUUACCCUUGCUGGAAAAACACAUUUCCCAAGGCUAUUCUGCUUUGCUGGGUUAUUCAUAUGGUGCCAUAUUUUUCUCGGCUGCGGCGGGGUUACUUCUAUCCAUGAAUGCAACGGCUGAUUCUGACGUUCAGGUUGCAAGAUAUCUUGGGAACUUAAGUGUGCUUGCUUUAUCCGUGUUAGUCAUGUUUGGACGUCGUUAGGCGCCGGCAGUAUUUGGAUGAUAGCUUUUUUCCUGGCUGCCAUUGUUUUUGGCCAUGGGUGUGCUUGGCUAAGGUGCCUUUUUUCUGGAAAUCCUACACCCACAAAACACAACUGACAGAGUUCCGAGGAGGUUACGAGAAGGGUGCGGAAGGGAAGUAAAAGAGUGCGGCUGGAGAAGAGUUCGAGAAGGGGGAGUAAAGGAGUGCAAGAAGGGGAGUAAAAGAGGAAGCAAUUUCAGAUAAAGCUCAGAGAAAAGAAAAAAAAUAUAUGACACCGAUCAUUGUAGGAAAGAUAAAUAGAUACUUCUGUUACUGUUUAGAUCAUCCUCCAAAAAGAGGAAUAGAUACUCUUGUUACAGUACUUAGAUCGUCCUCCGAAGGAUUGUCAAAAGUGCUCGUACAAAUACUAGCAAUCAUCAAACUCAUCAAA